AUGGUGCUACAUCAGCGUCGACACAAGGCCGUCAUCCACCUCGCCGAGGUGCUGCUGAAGCGGGUUGCGCUCGCCGCCAACGAGCCUUUCAAGGACGAGCUGCCUUCCAACAUCAAUUGGCCAGAAGAAUCAUUCCGGAAGGAAAUUGGUGCGCCUAUUGAGCUGGAACGUACUUUUCACGUAAGCCGACGUCCUCUGGGAACUUCGCUUGGAUCCUCCGACAACGCCUUGCUGGAGGAUGACAACUCCACCGCUAUGGAGCUCAUCUGGGCCUUUCUGGCGGAUGUCGUGGUUGCAUCUUCCGAGCUAAGCCCGGACGAAGGCAAGCAGGUCAUGAAUACUGUCCAUCAGAUCCUGGCGCUCAUUCACAGGUUGGGGCUUGUCCCAUCCAAUAUCUAUGCUCACUGCCUGCCACGAGGAACCACCACCGUCCAACAACCGCCGGUUCUGCAUCUCCUAAACUCGAAUAUCCUGUCAACGCUGUCGGAUGCUGUUUGGCAUGCUUACCAGGACGAAGUGUCUACCCGGUCCAAAAAGGGUGAGAGGAGUUCUUGGAAUUUCUUCCCUGAACCACCAGGUGGUCCCCUACGAUCAAAGGGACGUGAGCUUGGUCCUGAAGUUUGGGUUGAAUUCAUCCUAUGGUGCUGUGUCGAGGCUGGCUUUGCGUCGACCGGUGUUCGGAUCCUCAAGUCGUUGCGCGCAGAUGUGGCAACUCCAUGGCGGGCUGUUCCCUGGACUGAUGUGGGACUGUCUCGGAAUGAUCAGAAUCAGAUGGCUUAUCUAGCGGAACAGACUUCUGAUGACGUGGUCUCUCGAAGAGAUUCGCGCUCUCCAGUCAGCAAUCCCCAGAAGCUCAUCAGUGCUGAAGUGGUCGUUGCUGUUGCCGACAGUCUGAUCAACAAUCUCAACUCGGAGGCUGGGAAUGGCGCUCUCCCCGUCCAUGAAGUUCAGACCGACCUAGAGGAACUUGUGUCCUUCUUGGGUCCUGCGAGUGUUGCUCCAACAUACGUUGAUUAUCUUGCUGUUCGGCUGCUUCAGACUGAACGCUUGUAUACCCCUGGCCACGUCGGCGGCUUGCACGCCUGGGCGUCAACUCUGAGCCGUCUUCGCGAUCUGCAGAUUGCUGAGGAGCAGCCCCGCCACGAACCCGGCCUUACGUUCGAUUUCGUUCUGGGUCGUUCUGAGCUGCAAGCGGGUGUUCUCCAUCAAGCUCUUCAAGGUUGCAUCGAGAACAACCUGGUCAAGAAAGCAGUCGACACCUUCACAGAUAUCCAGAAAAUGGUUGAUGGCAACAAGCUGCAAGCUAUUGGAGAGUUUCUUACUCUUUCUCUUCGUCCGGAAGACGGCUUCUUCACUUCCAGACUUGGCAGAGGACAGAACGAGUUCCUCGAAUCCUAUGGGCAGCUUCCUGCCUACAAACUGGCAGCGUUUCUUGAUUUGGUUGGCAGUGCCAAGCUAUUUGGACUUGGAGAUUGGCUUCUCUUUUCAGAUGACAUUGAUGGAGCUGCAUUGCCUGUUUCAACCUGGGGACAGCCCUCUAUUGCAGCUGCGCUGACUCGAUAUGCCGCAGCCAAGGGGGACCUUUCCCUGUUGGAGCGAGUUUUGUCAAUAUGCGCUGCCUCUGAUAGGAAAAUGACGGUGAACAUGUUAAGAGCUUUUGUGAUGAGCUACAUCACCAUGCGGGAGUGGGAGAAGGCGGGUCGAAUGCUCCAAGAACUGAAACAGGCGGAGGGUGGUGGCUACAGCCCCCGGAUGGUUGCCUGUCUCGCAGCUACGAUACUACGGUUGGAGGUCGACCCCGAAGUGUUGCUACAGGAAGAUUCGGCGUCCGACCUUACACAGGCUCUUCGACUCUUCUCUACAGUCUUAGAUGGCCUCUAUGAUUCAUCACCAGCAAGCUUCAGGAUCGAUCAGAAGAGAAUUUUCAAGCAGCAGAUCGGCUAUCUGUUACGUCUCCUGGAGAAUGUGGCAGACAGCAGGGCAGCGGAGACAGUGGGCAACUUCAAAGCGAAGUUUCCGGUCAGCAAUGAGCCUCAUCUCUCCCCAGAGACGUUCAACGUGGUCUACUCUGCCAUCGUCGAGACCAAAGGCGCACUGGAGGGCCGCAAUGUCUGGCACUUAUUCUGUAAAGAUCCGAGAGAGUCUGACACUCUACGUGGCAGGGCACUGCAUGACAACGAUGAAACUGUGCCUGACGAACAUAUCGCAGAUUUCGAUGAGGAGGGCUUCCCGGAGCCACAAACAGAAGAGUCGGUGGAGCGGGAGAUCGCUAUCACCCCCAGGUCUAGUAACCACCUGUCGAUAUCUGGCAUGGAGACUGAGGCCAUGGAUUCCGAAGCCCUUCUCAAAAGCUCCGUCGAGCCGUCGUCCCGUGGUCAGCCUUCGCUCGCAUACCCACCGUCACUCAAUAUCGAUACCGGGUUACCACACGAUGGACUCGGAUUCCCCAGCAGUCAGACAACCAUCAUUGGAAGCGACGAUCCGGAUAUACCAAUUGCUAGAGCUGCCAACGAGCCCGAGAAUGCGGCGCAAGAGCUCACUCAGGUUGUCGUUCCUGACAGCCGUACUUUGCAGAUUCUUGUGAGACAGGCGUUGAGCGAAAUCGAAGCGAGAAAGGGGCGCAAGAGGCCCCAUGCCGACCUGGAAGAGGUGAUCCACUGGGCAGGGCAGUUCUACAGCGCCUUCAAUCUAGCACCCGAGGAUAUCAGGACAGAAUUCCGAGUGUCAGAAAACAUGCCGCGUGCACUCAGAGUUGCUACCAAGCAUCGAAGGAGUCCGGCUGAACAUAUGGCACCAGCACGAGAGAAAUUUAGACUUAAUGUGUCCAGCCAAUUCUCAAGGGGAGCAUUCAACACUCGGUUACCGGGCACUCCCCGCGCGGAAGAGCAUGCAGCCCAAGUAUUUGGUGGUUUCCAGAUGAAAGAUGAUGUCAAAGGCGCUGAUCGGGAUGAAACUGAAAAGUUCCAAGAGCAAGGGUCGGAGCAAGAUCUACACGUCGCGCACGGGUUCAGAGUUCGGAAGUUUGGCACGUCAGUUACGCAUAAAUCUUGA